CAUCCGAGGUCCUAGCGAUACGUAACCCUUCAAUACAAUAGAGAAACUCUGAGCAGCACUUCAUUACUUCUGCCUACCUUGGUUCUUGGCCCCCUCGACCAAGAACUCGACACAACGCGUCCCUUUCAGGCAUCCGUCAUAUCGGACAAAGUUUCCUAUCCAACGCCAAUUUGAUACUGGCUCACUUCCUUCUUGUUUACGCGUCAUUAAAGGCAGCAGCUUAAUAGAAGUCUUCUCACUCUGUCUGCCUCCCUUCAUCCUUUCAACCCUUCACUGCUCUCUUCCAAUCCACCAUGCUCCGUCCGCACCCCCCAAUCCAACCCUCCCUCCUCCUCCGCCUCCCCCGAGAAAUCCGCGACAUCAUAUAUUCCUCAUGCCUUAACUUCCCCCAACCAAUCCCCCUCCUAAACCCCCAAGCUCCCGCCCUCAUACCCCACCUCUUUCCACACCCGACCCUCGCAGCCGAAGCCCUCGAAGCCCUCUACAAAACCAGUACCUUCAUCCUCUCCCUGCGGCUCUACCCCUCGCUCAACCUGCUCAACCGUUGGGGCCCUUACCCGCAUCUGACCCAGCACAUCCGACACCUGAUCGUCGACUGCAUCGAAGGCUCGUCCAGCAUCCCCGACUUCGCCACAUACGAAGAAACCUACGGCGCCUCCAGCAUCGAGCGGCGCCUCUGGACCUCGCUGCUCGCGCUCCCGCGCCUCGAAAGCCUCGCCGUCAACAUGCAAAAAGCCCACGACGGCUGCCUCUUCACGCUGGACUUCGCGCCCGUGCUGUUCCACCUGCGCGCCCUGCGGCCCGGGCUCAGCAUCCGGUUUAGCAUCUCCUUCGACGAGAUGCUGCAGCGCGCUUGGGACGAUCCGUACUGGCAGACCUUCCACGCGUCGUCCGUCCGCUGCUACUCUGCGCCGUAUCAGAAAAUGGGAUAUGCGGAUGUGAGUUGCUUGGUUGCGCCGCCGAGCGAGGAGGAUCGGAGGUAUGUGCAGAUGUAUCUAGGCGAUAGGAAGAUGCCGAGGGGGAGGAGCGCGCGGCAGGGCUUGUUGGAUGAGGGGCCCGCCCAGAGGAGGGCGUUGGCGGGUUGUUAUGCGGUGAGGGAUCCGCCGCUAUUGAGGGUCUUGAUGGCGGAGCAUUAUGAGGUGUAUAUGCGGUGUGCGGAGGCACGGAAGACGGGAAGGGAAGGCCUGGUGGAACAGCUGGGCAGAUGAGGUUGUUGAUGGGAGGAAAGGAGCGCAGUGCUUUGCGGAAAAAGAGUUCAGUCGAGCAGUCUACGAUGGACUAAUCCCUCUACCCACCCGUCCAUCAACUCCAAGCUAAACAGAACGCUCCACAUGCCCAUCUUUACCAUCCCAAUCCCGUCCCUUUCUCCAUAUAACAAAGCGAGAACUUUUAAACCCCUGCGCCAGACACACCCAUCAUCCCACAAAUCUCUUCCUUCCAAUCCAAUCCAAUCCAAUGCAAUCCAGUAUUACAAAGCAAUCCACCAGCUCCCAGGGUUAUGCUCC